CACAAUACGCGAAUACAGCACAAUACGUGAGGGAAGGAAAGAGAGAGUGAGAGAGAAAGAAAGAAAGAGAGAGUGAGAGAGAGUAGUGAGCGCGAGAACCAGUACGAAGGGAACGCAGAAAGAGGAAAAGGGGGAGUGUGCGCUUGAUGCUGCUUCGGAUUUAAGGAGAGAGAGAGAGGGAGGGAGAAAGAGAGAGAGAGAGAGAGAGAGAGAGUGGGUGGGAAGGAGGGAGAGAGAGAAAGCAGCCGGCCAACUGAAGAAAGAUGGCUACAGUAACAGCGAACGGAGUGCAGCAAGAGAAUGGAUUCAGCACCACGAACAGCGCCGGUAGGAUGAACGGACUCGCACUCGGACAGAACACUAUUCCCAUGAAAGACCACGACGCCAUCAAGCUGUUUAUCGGGCAGAUACCGAGAAAUCUGGAGGAGAAGGACCUGAAACCCCUGUUUGAGGAAUUCGGCAAGAUAUACGAACUCACAGUGCUGAAAGACAGAUUUACAGGAAUGCAUAAAGGAUGUGCCUUUCUAACAUACUGUGCCAGAGAGUCCGCCCUGAAGGCCCAGAGUGCCCUGCAUGAGCAGAAGACCCUGCCGGGGAUGAACCGGCCAAUCCAGGUGAAGCCAGCGGACAGCGAGGGGCGAGGAGAAGACAGGAAGCUGUUUGUGGGCAUGCUGGGAAAGCAGCAGAGCGAGGAGGACGUGCGGAGGCUGUUCGAGGCCUUCGGCCAGAUCGAGGAGUGCACCAUCCUGAGAGGGCCCGACGGGGCCAGCAAGGGAUGUGCCUUUGUCAAGUUCUCCAGCCACGCGGAAGCACAGGCGGCCAUCAACACUCUGCACGGAGGCCAGACCAUGCCGGGGGCCUCCUCCAGCCUGGUGGUGAAGUUCGCGGACACGGACAAGGAGCGGACCCUGCGGAGAAUGCACCAGAUGGCGGGUCAGCUGGGCAUCUUCAGCCCCAUGACCAUCCAGUUCGGAGCCUACGGAGCGUACACCCACACCCAGCAAAUGAUGCAACAGCAAGCAGCCAUCAUGGCCGCUGCCCAGGGCUCGUACCUCAACCCCAUGGCGGCCAUCGCCGCGGUGCAGAUGCAGCAAAUGGCAGCUUUCAACGUCAACGGCCUGGUGGCGGCUCCCAUGACACCCUCCUCAGGCACCAGCACGCCCCCGGGUAUAAGUGCCACCGUGCCUAGCAUAGCCACGCCCAUCGGGGUGAACGGAUUUAGUGCCCUGCCACCCCAGACCAAUGGGCAGCCAGCCUCCGAACCCAUCUACACCAACGGGAUCCACCCCUACCCAGCACAGAGCCCCACAGUGGCAGACCCUCUGCAGCAGGCCUAUGCUGGUGUCCAGCAUUACGCAGCAGCCUACCCUGCUGCCUAUGCGCCAAUCAGCCAAGUGUUUCCACAGCAACCAGCCAUCAUUCCCCAGCAACAGAGAGAAGGGCCCGAGGGCUGCAACCUGUUUAUUUACCACCUACCACAGGAAUUCGGAGACCCGGAGCUCAUGCAAAUGUUCCUGCCUUUUGGCAAUGUCAUCUCUGCCAAAGUCUUCGUGGACCGGGCGACCAAUCAGAGCAAAUGUUUUGGCUUUGUCAGCUUUGACAACCCCUCCAGUGCCCAGGCUGCCAUCCAGGCCAUGAACGGCUUUCAGAUCGGCAUGAAGAGGCUGAAGGUUCAACUCAAGCGGCCAAAGGACGCCAACCGACCUUACUGACCCUUCUGCCGUCCUCAGCAGGAUGAAGGGCCACACAAUCUUAUUUCCACAAGUGCAGUAUAAAGUACAAAGACUUCUUGCUCUGCUACAUAUCAUGAGAGAAGGACGGUCCUUUGAUAACUCAGAAGAGAAUCCGAAAGAUCUGGCGAAAGGAACCAGCAGAUUUUUUUUUCCUUUUUGCCCCAUCUUUCUUCUUUUUUCUUCUUUGCCAUUAACGGAAGAGGAUUUUGCCAAUAUCAAUAUCAUUUUUGCUGCUGUUGGGAAGAUGGGCAGCAUUGACAGACAUUGUGCUGAAAGCUUGCAUGCCACGGUGUAUAUGAAAGAACAGGCACAGACAUACAGACAUACAUG